AUGAUGUUGUUCCAAACCAUCUCUGCGCUCUCCCUCCUUCUCUCCUCAGCCGUCGCUGCACCGCGUAAUGCCCCUGCGGCGUUCGACGUCAUGGCUCUUCGGUCUGCCAGCCCUAUCCACUUUGCACAAGUCAAUGCCGCGAGCCGCGGUCUGUUUCUCAACCUGCCUCAGUCGAAUGCCACAUGCGAAGGCAAAUCCAGCGGCUACGCGACCUUCUACAUUGAAAACGAGGAGCUAGUUUUGUACUCUACCGAGGGGGAGAAGCAAAAAGUUUUUGUUGAUCGAUCUGGCAUGGGUCAGGGCGUGAUUCAAUACAUUACAGGAGAUCAAGGCAUCCCACGAUACGCCGAGCUGAAGGGCUGGGCCAUCGAUGCAAACCAAAACCUGGUUUUCAAGGGCGAGGGCUUCGUUGCUUGCCCGGACAGCAUCGAUGGCGCGUGGAGCAUCUGGCUUGGUGAGGGAUUGGACCAGCCCGGCGGCAACACGGGUUGCUUGGGGUUCACGGCACGCACGUUGGAGAAUAAGAAGCCGGUGGGCUGCGAGUAUACGCAAUAA